CCACUAAGUUUUACAGGGCCUCUUUUGACUGAGACGUACCGAGUUCUUCUUCCCUGCUUGUUAGUCUGAGGUCCAAAGAGAGUCAUAUUUCUUCAGGUACUAAAGACACUAAAAUUUUUAAGUUAUUUACACGAAUGUUUUAUUUGCAACAUAACGAGUCUGUAGAAAUCAGAAAUUUAAACAUCCCGUCCACCAUGAAGAUUGCAUUCGUUCUCGUUCUCGUCUUGAUCGGGAUGGUCGCGCAAGGUGCAAAAUUAUCAAAAACUAAUUCAGAUGUUCAGGGUCAAAAGGACGGUUUCUGCUCCACGAUGGAGGCCAGCUGCAAUGACAGCGGGGGACACUUCGUCUCCUCUUUGGAAACUUCGGGGCGCACGGCGGAUUGCGAAAAUCCGGAAACCUACGCUUUUGACGGGGUGUGCGAAACAUUUCCUGGCUGCAGUGUUACCCUUGAUGCUAAUACGCAUACAUGUUCUUGCCCUCAGUAGUCGAGUUGUUUAGAUGUUGAACAUUACAAAAUAAUGUUGAGUUUUUUUUGGUAAAAAUUGUAUACACAUUUAUGCGUAAUAAAAUGUACCACUAUGUCGGACAAACGUUAAUUCACUCAA